GGAAUCCGAGUCCACAUCACUUUUUGACAACAACUUUGUAAACUUUCAACUUUACAGUGACAGUACAUGAUUUUUGCAUCGGAAAUUCACAAAACUUUCGUAUAUCGAACUGUUCAGACUGAGCAGAUAAUAAAAAUGUUACAAAAAAUACACAAGUCAAUCAACUUAUUAUAGCAGUGUGAUUUGGUUAAUUCAAAACAAAUAAAACAACACCAAUCUGUUAUUUAACCGAAGAAUCUCUAACUAAUUAGAAUUUAUUAAAACAUAUCAAUUUAUUAUUCCGCUGGGGUAAUUGAACCUAGAAAUAUAAUAAAAUACACCGAAAUGAGUAGGACUUCCGAGCUGGAGGAGGCAGCCCGUGCUAAAGCGGUCGAAAGAAUCGCUGGACUAAUACAGCGUCCUGACCAGCUGGAACGGGUGGAGGAGUUUAAGAAGCGUGAAACUCGUAAGAAAGCGGCGAAGGAAGCUGCCCUUAAAACAGCACUUCAAUCCCAGCUGGAAGGGGUCCAAAUUGGUCUCGAACUGUUGAAACAAGCCAGAGCUAACCUUACCAUCGUAUCAAAACAUAUGACGGAAAUCAAAAAAGUCUUGAAUGAUGUUCCUACGCUAGCGAAAGAUCUUUAUGAAAUACGUCAAGAAAGUUUUGAACAUUCACAACUGGAAAUGGCAAUGGAAAACAUGAACAAUAUAUUUAACAUUAAUAAAAAUAUUGAUCGGGUAAAAGUGCUGAUUAAUGAAGGAAAAUUGCUACAAGCCCAUCUGAGAUUAGCUGAAUUGGAAACAUCCAGAGAUGACUUACUAUUUGAACUGUCAAGAGCUGGAAACCAGUCUGAACAAACAAUGCUGAUGACUUAUUUUUCUGAGGUCGAAAAACUAUCUGACGAUUUAAAGAGACAGUUAGUCCUUAACCUGAAAAGAACACUUAACAUUGCAAGAAAGGAACCAACGGAGCUAGUUACAACGAUAAGAAUAAUUGAACGUGAAGAGAAAGCUGACGAAGUUGCACUGCAAAGAAAUGAUAUAAGCGGAUUCCUCCCUCCUGGACGACCUAAGAAAUGGAGACAAAUGACAUUUGAUAUUCUCGAGGCAUCAGUGACGGAACGACUAGAAGCAAGCCAACUGGAAUCAAGAAAGGAGAACAAAAUGUGGCUCGUCCGCUAUUUAGAAGUCAUGCGACUAUUAAUGCUAGAAGACCUGUCAGUUGUUAAAUCCUUGUGUGUUCCUUGUUUCCCACCAUCCUAUCGAAUUUUGGAACGUUAUGUUAAUAUGUAUCAUGGUUGUCUUGCAAAAUUGUUAGAAGAGUGCAUCGUUGGGGAGCUGGAGCAGUACGAAUUUGUAUCACUGUUAUCGUGGGUAUUAAACACGUACAAAGGAAAAGAUUUAUUGUUGAGCCCACAAUUAAAUCUUAAACCGGAACAAAUCCCCAAGACGUUGUUAACCGAUGAGACAAUGAAACUAUUAAAGAGAAACUAUUUAUCGACGAUUGACAACAAAUACCGUUCGUGGCGAACAAAUGCAUUAAACAAGGAAGUUGAAGAGUGGUGGAAGGAUGCAUCUCCACAAUCUGACAGUGAUGGUCAUUUUAAUACCGAAGCUCCCAUUAUAAUUUUCAAAAUGGUGGGCGAAAAUCUACAAUUGGCUGAAACAGUCGGGUCAGAGUUAGUUCAAGAUAUGCUGUUGCUCAGCUUAGACAUGAUACGCGCCUAUGGACAAGCAUACGAAAAUGAAGUCAAGGAAUUCAAAAUGAAAUACUUUGAAGAUAGAAGCAAAGUCCAAAACUUUACGCAGUUUAUCAUUGCUGUUGUCAACAAUUGUUUAUACUUUAUUGACUUGGCUGAGCAAACCAAAGACAAAUAUUGGAAGUCAGCCGUUGGUGACAGCCAAGCAGCACAAAAAUUUGAGGCUGUUCUUCAGACAUUUGAGAGUCUUCGAGAAAAAGCGACAGUAUUUUUACUGGAGGAAGCAUUUUUGGAUUUAGAACCUCAUUUUCAAGAUUUAGUUACCAGGCCUUGGUUAGAAAAUAGGGCUGCUAUCGACACCAUCUGCGUUACAUUAGAGGAUUAUUUUCAAGAUUAUGUGCAUCUAAAACAAAAGAAUUUCGAACACGUAAUGACACAAGGAAAAAAUCUCGUUGCUAAAAAAUACCUACUGGCUUUGAUGUCUCGGAAAGUAGCCUUCAAGAAUCAAGAAGAACGGAAAAAAGCAUCCGAAAAAGUUGUUAUCGAAGCGAAUCAAGUUCGUCGUCUAUUCGAACGGAUUGGUUCAGCCCCACAAGGGAAAUCAUCAAGUUGUCCAUUUAACGCGAUAGAAUCCACGGCUGAAGUCAUAAAAGUUGAAGAUUUGGACAUUUUAUCACUAGAACUUCACAGUUUGAUUAAGCACUAUCCUGACUUGACACGAGAACAGUUGAUGGCAAUCCUUAGCUUACGAGGAGACAUUGGAAGAUUCGAUUUAAAGCAGAGGGCGUCCGAAAUAAUUCCGGUGAACGCCAACCCCAGCGCCGCCCAAAGAGGGCCCGUUCCUCACAGCAUUUUCUCCCAAGUCCAUAUUCCACCCUCCCUGUUUAAUGUAUAACUUGUGUUGAAAUAAAUUUUUUAAUGAGGCAAUAUUACGUUAAAUCU